AUGACAUUUCACUCAGUGAAUCUGAAGAAGAAUAUGAAACAGCCAACAAAAGAGGAUCAAGUUGAAAGUGAAGGUGUUGAUGUUUUAGAAGCAUACAAUGAGAAUGAAAAGAAAGAUGAACUUUGUAUUGGGAUGGAGUUUAGUUCUGAUGAGGCUGCGUAUAUUGCUUACUGUAAGUACGCAGGAAAUCAUGGUUUCAAUGUAAGAAAACAAAGGAGGACGAAAAAGAAAAAAGAAGAUGACAAGGCAGUAAGGAUUCUUUAUGUAUGUUCAAAAGAGGGGGUUAGGAAAGAAUCUACGGUCAAGAGAUCUUUUUCCCGACCAAUCACAAGGUGUGAUUGCAAAGCUCAUAUGGGUUGCUACCUUCAAAGCAGCGGAAGUUAUAAGAUUGUGUCUUUCGACCCGAAUCAUAACCAUGAUUUAGUUAGGACACCUAUGAAGCAUUGGCUGAAGGGAAAUCGAGCAAUCACUGUCUCUCAAAAACAACAUGCUGAUGAUGCCGAAAUGUCAGGAAUUUCAGCAAAAGCCACCGUUGAAAUGAUGACCUUGGAAGUUGGGGGGAGAGGAAAUUUGGGUUUUUUGGAGAAAGACUAUCGCAAUUACAUAUAUCGUAAGCGGAUGUCAACAAUGGUUAAGGGAGAUGCUGGAGCAGUUUUGGAAUACUUUCAGAAAAAGAAAAAAGAAAAUUCAUCAUUUUUUUAUUCCAUGCAACUUGAUGAGGACGAUAUGAUCACUAAUAUCUUCUGGGCGGAUGAUCGGUCUAUAAGCGAUUACAAUCUAUUUGGAGAUGUUGUCUGCUUUGACACAACUUAUAAGACCAAUGAAUAUGAUAGACCAUUUGCUCCAUUUGUCGGGGUCAAUCAUCAUAAGCAGACUGUUGUGUUCGAAGCUGCUCUCUUAUAUGAUGAAACAAAAGCGUGGUACAUCAAAAUCAUCAAGUAA